AUGCCGGACGAUUCCUUUGUGAUUGAUCAUAAGUUAUUGUACAAUGAUUUGGUUGGACUGAUUUGUGAAAGAGUGGGGUGGAAUAGAAAGAAUGUGAAUUUGAGUCUAUCGAUUUUGUAUGAUACGAUGCGCAAUGGUUUUAGGCGUAUCGCCAAAAUCAAGGACGACGCAUCGUUGCAAGUGUUGUAUUUCCUCCCAAGUUCGACAUAUAUUGAUUUGUAUGUAGAUUUGGAGGUGGCGGGUACUUCUAGGUCCCAUUUGGAAGUAGGGACAAGUAGUGGUAGGCCGAAUGUGGAGAAUGUCGAUUACAUGGAAGAUGAUGAUGUGGGUGGACCGUUUAUGGAGGAUGGCGAUCACAUGGAAUAUGAUCACGGUGAAGAUGAUGAGGACUACACAUCGAUAAGUGAUCAAAGCGAUGAAAACCAAUCAAUAUCCGAAGGAAGUCGGGAGAGUGAUGAAGAGGUCGAAGACAAAUUCGCCACAAAGGAUAGGCACAUAUAUCGUUCACGAGAAGAAGCAAAAAAUGGUAUUGCAGCGUGGAACAUAGAGCAAAAGAGAGAGUUUUAUGUGAAGGAAAGUGAUGGUUCAACAUGGUCUAUUUGGUGCAAAUCCCUAAAAGAGUCAACCCCUAAGGGUUAUGUUCCUUGCCGUUGGAAGGUACGUGCCUCCUUGAGAGACCACGGUUUGUGGGAGAUUGUGAAAUGGGUGCCCGAGCACAAUUGUAUGAAUGUCACCGAGGAUAACAAUAAUCGGAAUGUGAGCGCAACGCUUAUUGCGCAUCUCAUAAGGCAUAAGGUUGAGUUGGACCCAGAUUAUGAAGUGAAGCUAGUUCAGGAAGAAGUGAAAGACCGUAUGCAUGUCGAUGUUCCUUACCACAGGGCAUGGGAGGGAAGGAGAAAAGCUAUCGAUCUUGUUUACGGCGACUGGGUUUCCAAUUUUGACAUACUUCCAAGUAACUUGGUGGCGCAGUUUCGAAGUAAAAAGAUCAAAAGGUUGUGUUGGGAGAUGGACACGAAACUUUCUAAGUCUAAAUUCAAAGAACUAAGGAAUGAGCUACGUGAUUUUAGCAAUGAUGCUUAUUUGUAUCUCGAGGAGAUUGAUGCUUGUCAGUGGACUCUUGCCAAAGACAAACACUAUCGUUGGGGUAACCAGACAACGAACAUUUCUGAGAGCUACAACAACGUCCUCAAGGGCGUUCGUUUCUUGCCAAUCCGGGCUUUGGUGGAAGCUACUUUUAUUAAGACUGUGGAUUUGUUCCAGGAAGAAUACGUGAAGUCGAGGAAAUGUAUUACUCCGGUCCCAACUGACUUGUGGGAAGACUUCAAGAAAAAAGAAAAGAAAGCCGCGCAACACAAAGUCAACCGUUAUGGUGCUAUUAAUGGCAAGUUCAAGGUGAAAAGUAGAGCCCGACUUGGUGGGUUGAAAGUGGAUGGUAAGCCUGUGGAGGGGAUGACACCUGAGAAUUCUAUGGCACAGUGGAUGGCAUUGUGCUUUAGAUUGUUGGGAAUUACACCCGUUAGUGACAUGUUUGAUGGGAAUAAGAUUUAUGCAGAGUGUUUAAUCAACGAGUGUCUGCGUCCGAUCCCAGAAAAUGUCCCAAGAGAAGCCUAUACACAGAGGGCCCGUGAAUUACUGUUACUACUGAUUGGAGGUUUCUUGAUUCCUGACAAUACGGGAAACAGAAUACCACUUUGGAUCCCGACAAUACUCGAGGAUUUGGAUGUCAUGCUACCUACGGUUGGGGUCACUGUUUUAGCUAAGUUGUACUUUGCUCUGUGUCAAGCUUCCGCGCCCGGGAAAAAAGACAUUACCGGAUGUUAUAUGCUGAUGCAGUUAUGGGUUUGGGAGCGUAUCCCAAGACUUCAACCAAAGAGGAAGGUUAAAGAUGAGAGUUACUUGGUGCCGGACGCACCAUUAGGCAAUAGGUGGAAAUGCCCAAAAUCCAAAGCGAACAUCGCCGCUCAUUGUGUUGCUGGCAUCAGGGAUCAGUUAUCUAGCCUAAGGGAUGGAGAUUUUCUAUGGACUCCAUACACUCCCUUCAUCGACGAUCUCCCUGAUUUCUGUAAAGAGGGAGUUAAUUUCUACCUCUGUAGGACGUGGAUCUUUUGUUGGGCCAUUAGAGAACCAUACGAGCCCAAUCGGGUCCUUCGUCAAUUUCAAUGCGUCCAAACUGUGCCAGAGUACCCGUUAAUCAAUGACAUUGAUCGCUGGAAUGCGAUACACCACGGAUGCCUUGGGACUGGAAAGGCAUAUGAUGAUUGGGUGCAAAAACACACUGAGGUACGACCUCAUUGGAAUGUGAGAGAUCAGCACGUGGUCCCUCAUGAAUUGGGUGAUCCGGAACUAGUCUUCCAAUCUCGUGACAUAUAUCAUCUCGAUGCAGCCUUACGGGAAAAUCCAAGCCUUGGUGGUAGUCUAGAGGAUAAACUCUUCCAAAUCUUCGACAAGAGUUUCGGUGCCACGACUUUGGGCCCACGUGAUAUGAGCACUCGGUCCGAUACUCAAGUUCUUGAAAAAGACCCCGAGUCAAGUCAAAAUGUGGUACUCACGCAGAAAACAACAUCGAAGCCUCUUGGAGGAGGAAGGAGGAAGCGACCGGGAAUUUCAGAUCGAACAAUCAUAGUUCAUCCUAAUCCAACUCCGAUGCAAGAAGAUGAUGAAAAUGAUGAAGGCAAUGAAAGCGAUGAGGAUUACUACAAUAGGGGCGAAGAAGAAAAAGAAGAAGAAGAAGAGUCCUCUCCGCCUCGUGUUUCUUCCCAAAAGAAAAAGAAAACGGUCGAGGUUCGCAAGAGUGAUAGGGUUAGUAAACCGGCCAAGAAGUAUACUCCCGGCGAUGGGGCUACAAGGAAGAAAAGGUCCUCAAAGUAA